UUCACAAAUAAGCGUUAAAUCGUUAAAUGAUACGUAAAAAAUAAUCAUAUAUUGUUUCCCACUUUAUGCGGAUUUUUAAAAGCGCGCCAUAACUUAGCGGGUUUCUCUUUCCUUGUUUAUUUUUCAAGCCUACUCUAACAAUAUUUGGCGCUUCUUUUAAGAGUUACCUUGAUGCAAAUGUGGCGCCAUCCUAAUUUAAUACAUUUUGACGGACACUUUUUCAUAUACACAGAUGAUUCUCCUUACCUCUACCCUCCAUAAGUAGAGUGUACGGUGUGGCGACGGGUCGCCACGCUAUACUGAGUAGAGUGUACGGUGUGGCUUCUCACUCAGUUCGACGUUGUUGUUUACUACGGUACACAUAACCUGCGUUUUAUUUAAUUUUGAUGUGAAACAUUUUUAUUUUAAUUUUUGACAAUAAAAUAUGUGUGAUAGUGAUAACUCAGAAGAUCAAAGUGAUCAACCUUGUGCAAAGAAAGUGAAACUACACUAUGGCAUACUACCAAGUCAUCAUUCCCAACAAUCAUCACAGGGAUCACAAAAUAUUAUUAUUGAAACUGGACGCCACCCUGAUCAGUUAAACACAAGGCAUACUAUCAAUGUUGUAGUAAACAAUAGUAAAAGAGAACGUCAAAAACAAUACAGGGAGCGGAACAGAGACAAAUUGAAAUAUCGUGAAGCGGAAAGAAGAAAGCGUAUACAAUCUUCAAAAAGCAUUACUGGACCGUCUACCUCUUCAAACUCAAAUAUAAUGGAAGUAAAUAAUGAAGAACCAGUAACUGCUAUUUCAUCUACUCUUCAAAAUAAAAGAGACCGUCAAAAAAGAUACAGGGAAAAGAACAGAAAAAAAUUGAGUCAGCGUGAAGCGGAAAGAAGGAGACGUCUACAGAAUGCAGAAAGUAUUAUAGAAUUACAUACUUCUCCAAAUAUAGAAAAUAGAGAAAUAAUUACAGAACCAAUAAUCAUAAAAGCGCAAAUAUUGCGGAAAUUCCGAAUAACUACAGUCAAUUUAGAUACCAUAAAACAGCUCAUGAAUAUUUCAUCGAUAACUUUAAAAAUAAUGAAUUUGGACAUGCUUGUUCAAUUUGUGAUCGACUUUGGUUUGAAAAAGAUUUAAAGAAACCAUCUACAUCUGGAAAUAUAAUUAAUACAAUAGACAAUGUGCAAAAUGUGGAUUCCCUUAAAAUUUGCUCUACUUGUAAAUCAGCAUUAGAUAAAGAAAAGAUUCCUAACUUGUCAGUUUAUAAUGGAUUUCAUUACCCAAAAAUACCACAGCAUUUACCAAAAAUCGAUUUCAUCACUGAAAUCAAUGUUCCUGUUGUUGUUGAUACAAUGGUACGAUCACUUCCAAGAAAUGUCAAUGAUGAACAUUGCAUUUAUGUACAUAUUA